GGAGCCAGGGUCUCUUUGCUAGGCAUAGAUUCAGAAUUAGGAGAGACCAUAUUCUGGAAGAUGCUUUUAAUCAAUUGAAUGCAUUGUCGGAGGAGGAUCUCCGUGGACUGAUACGUGUGACCUUUGUCAACGAACUUGGAGUUGAGGAAGCUGGUAUAGAUGGUGGUGGAAUAUUCAAGGAUUUCAUGGAGAAUAUUACUCGAGCAGCUUUUGAUGUACAAUAUGGAUUAUUUAAGGCAACUGAGGAUCACUUACUCUAUCCAAAUCCUGGAUCUGGGCUGAUUCAUGAUCAACACCUCCAGUAUUUUCAUUUUCUGGGGACAGUUCUUGCUAAGGCAAUGUUUGAAGGCAUCCUUGUUGAUAUUCCAUUUGCAACAUUCUUUUUGAGCAAGUUGAAGCAAAAGUAUAACUAUUUGAAUGAUCUUCCUUCCUUGGAUCCAGAACUGUAUCGCCAUCUCAUCUUCCUGAAGCAUUACGAAGGUGAUGUUUCAGAUCUUGAGUUGUACUUUGUCAUUGUCAACAAUGAAUAUGGGGAGCAAACUGAAGAAGAGCUGCUCCCUGGUGGGAAAAGCAUACGUGUGACUAAUGAGAAUGUCAUCACCUUUAUUCAUCUUAUUGCAAACCAUCGUUUAAACUUUCAGAUCCGUCAACAAAGUUCUCAUUUUCUGAGAGGCUUCCAACAGCUAAUACAAAAGGAGUGGAUUGACAUGUUUAAUGAACAUGAACUUCAGCUUCUUAUUUCAGGAUCACUUGAUGGCAUUGACAUUGAUGACCUUCGAGCUCAUACCAAUUAUACAGGAGGUUACCAUAAGGAACACUAUGUUGUCGAUAUGUUUUGGGAGGUUGUGAAAAACCUCUCUUUGGAAAAUCAGAGAAAAUUUCUGAAGUUUGUGACUGGGUGUUCACGAGGACCCUUGCUCGGAUUUAAAUAUUUGGAGCCGUUGUUCUGCAUACAGAGAGCGGGUGGGAAUGCUUCCGAAGAAGCACUUGAUCGUCUGCCAACAUCAGCUACUUGCAUGAAUCUUCUAAAAUUUCCGCCUUACAGAAGUAAAGAGCAGAUGGAGCAGAAAUUGUUAUACGCCAUAAAUGCUGAUGCUGGUUUUGAUUUAAGCUGAUGGAAUAAUCCGUGCAUGUAAUUUUAGAGUAUCCUGUUUCUGUCUGAAGCUGUUUGAGCUAUUUAUUGGCAUAAAGGAAAAAUGAAUGGUACAGUUUGUGCACCACCAUGAAGCCUACUGGAAAGGAAUUGCUAAUUGCUGAACAUUCAAUAGAUGGUCGAGAAGCACAUGUAAAUAAGGAACCCAUUACCUGCCCCUUGACUGGAUGUGCAUACAUACCCAGGUGCAAUGUAUAUCAUCAUUUGGGAAGUGAAUGGCACACGUGUUAGACAUUUCAAACUCAUUCCAAACAGAGAUGAAAUUAGUUUCAAACUUGGGGAAGCUUAUAUGUUAGGAUGAUCAUAGUCUCCAGAAGUUGUCAAUCAUCUGUAUUCACUGUACAAGUUUAUGCAUCUUCAUUUUCGCACAAGGCUUUGUCUCACAUUUAUAGCAUUCGAUGUAUUCUUUGUUGUUA